ACAGCAGAGGGCAGCAGAGCGCCGUUAAACUCAACGUGGUAUGCAACAAUACACGGCGACGAAGAAGAAGAAACGGGAAGAUGGAGAAGGCAGCUGGAGCUGGCGACACAUCUUAGCGGGUUCUAUGCUCCAACUAAGGACCUCUUUAGAAGAAGAGAGUCGUUGUGACAUUUCCCAGCUCAGACAAGCAGUGUUCCAAAACAAUGCCAGACUCCUUGAUGAGAUGCUCUGCCAAGAAGUUUACAAGAAAGUCAUCAACUGCCGGGGGGGCUGGGGCGUCGCGGGCACGCCGCUCCACGCCGCCGUGUCCAAAGGCCACCUGAGCUGCCUGCAGGUGCUGCUGGGCCACGGCGCGCUGGUAGACUGCGUGGACGUCAAGGCUCAGACGCCGCUCUUCGCAGCCGUCCGCGGGAAAUACCUGGACUGUGUCCUAGCGCUCCUCGGAGCCGGCGCCAACCCCAACGGGAACUCGUCCAACAACUGCUCCCCUGUGCUCACUGCGGCUCGGGAGGGCAACGCGCAGAUAUUAAAGGAACUGCUCCGACACGGCGCCGAGGUGAACUCCCGCUCCAAAGUCUUGCUGUGGACUUCCAGCGCCAGGGUGUCCAGCGGGCCGCUGUACCUGGCUGCGGUUUACGGACACAUGGAGUGUUUCAAACUGCUGCUCCUGUACGGGGCCGACCCCGAUUACAACUGCACGGACGCAAAGCUGCUGAGUUCCAUCAAGCAGCCCAAAACUGUGUUGGAGAUGUGCCUCAGGCACGGCUGCGGCGUGGAGUACAUCCAGCUGCUGAUCGACUUUGGCGCAAACGUCUACCUCCCGACUCUGAUCAUCGAGAAGUCCACGAAGCAGAACGAGGCCGUGGAGCUGCUUCUGCAGGAAAGAGGGAAUCCAAAGGCCUUGACUUCACAGUGCCGACUCGCCGUCCGAAGAUACCUCAAAAAGAUCGACAAGAUCCAGUGUAUCGAGCAUCUGGACAUGCCAACGAGUCUUAUCAACUUCUUGCAACACAAGCCAGUCCCAGUCCCUGUUCUGUAGCCACAUCAUGUGAAUGAAUUCAUUUUUAUUUAACUCUAUGAACCACCUUUGUUUUAAAUGUUGUCUAAUCAUGUGCUGGACUGUUAAGACUGUUUCUUAAGUCAACACAUUAAAUGUGUGAAUAAGUGGCGCGUA